AUGAAACGCACUUUCAAAUUGAAAAAACGUGAUAAAUUAUUGCUAUACUUUGAACAAGCAACGAAAUCUUAUGGUAUCGUUGAAUUUGAUCGUCAUUUUCGCAAGAUCAAGGGAAAUGAUGAGGUUUCUCAAUAUCUUGAAAGUGCAGGAUUACACAAGUGGUCUAGAGCUCACAUGGAUGGACGUCGAUACAAUGUAAUGACAACAAACAUUGCGGAGUCAAUCAACCCAGUCCUUCGAUUCGCAAGGAUGCUACCAAUGGUGCAUUUGAUUGAUGAAAUCAUCAAUUUGCUUGUGAAAUGGUUCAGUAAACGUUGUGAUUUCGCUUUGAAAUGUUCAUCAACAUUGUGCCCUGACUUUGGCGAAAAGAAGCUGAGACGUAGGUUGGAAUGUGCUUCAAGGAUGAAUGUCGUGAAACUGAAUCACGUAGAGUAUAAUGUCGUGGACGGUGAUAUGGACGGCCACGUACAUUUGACGAAUAACACUUGCAGUUGUAAGAAGUUUCAGCUUGAGCAACUACCUUGCAAGCAUGUAGUUGCAGUUUGCCGUUUCUUGAAACUAAAUGUAUACUCCAUGGCUUCUCGUUAUUACACUCAAAAUACAUGGUUGGAUGCUUAUUCAGAUACCAUCUACCCGGUACAGCCUCAAGAGUUGUGGGUUAUUCCUGAAGAUGUCCAAAGUAGAGUUGUGCAUCCUCCCAAUGCAAAGGUCAUGCCAGGCCGACGAAAUAAGCUAAGGAUUCUGUCGCAAGGAGAAGAUAUCCUAAGGAGAAAAUGCUUAAGGUGCAGUGGCAUAGGCCACAAUAAAAGCACCUGUAAAAACAAUGUUGCACUACCUAAUGUUGGACAUACAUUAUGA